UGCGUCCGAUCCGUUAAAAACGUCUCUGGCGUGUACAAAAGAGAGUGAGUGGUUAGUAUUUCAUUUUUAUAGAAGCCUCUGAGCCAAGAUGCCCCGCCCAGCUCCCAAAAGCAAAACGGAUAAGAAAAAAGUCAAGUCAAAUGUCAAGGAGAUCCCACCUCCCGAGCCUGAGCAGGAGGAGGAAGAUCUAAUCGGCGGUCGCAUCACUCGGGCCCAGUGGACCGAAAUGUUGAUCCAGGAGGAUGGAGAUGAAAUAGUGGGGGAGAUAAUGGACAAGCUGCUGAGCCAAGUCAUGGAUUGCUGUUAUAAAUCAUACAUUAAAACACAGCUUGUACCCUACACUGCCUCCUGGGCCAAGACCUACCUCACAAAGAUUGUUGAGUCGCAAAUCUUGUGUCUGGAUGAAGGAGAGGGGCCAGAAGAAAUAUGCAGAACAGAAGACUGUGAGCCUUUGCCGGCCGUUCCAGAUUGCUGGGCCCAAGGAUGUGUGCCCACAGUGCCCGCUGUUGUUAUUGACCAGGUUCCAGAACAAACAGAGCCACAUCUCUUAAAGCAAUCGAACGUUGUCUCCUUAGGCAAUUGUGCUCCAGACAAAGAUAAAACUGACAAAGAGCCCAGGAAGGAUGAAAAGGACCCCUUAUGCAACGUGCCUAGUACUUCUCCCCCAGCAUGCGCUGACAGAAAGAAGACCCUGCAGGUGAAUAAACCUGCCAGACAUGCUCAGAGAAAACUCCUGCUGUCUGUCUUCAGUUCUACAGAGAAAAGAAACGUGGAGGUAGAGAGCAAAAACAGAGACAGCGUAGUUCAUAAAGAUAAGACUGCGCCAACAUCUCAGCAAAAAGACCCCCAGCCAAUACCAAAACUGGAUCCUAGGCGCUUGCCUCGACAUUGCAUUUUCCCACAGUACGAGAUCGUCGAUAACGACCUCAGAAAACCCAGCCCCCAAAAAACAACCGGUGGAUUACCCAGACUUGAGCCAAAAUCAGCCAAGCAGCAGACCGAGAGGCCGGGGACCUCGCUGAAGCCUCCAAAGACCAUCUCCAAGGAAAAGCCUCAAAAAAUAACCGACAACGACGCCCGUGCGCUUAAACAGGAAAUGGAACGGCGCGUUCUCUUCGGGCCUCUGAGGCUUGAUACAAUGGAGUUAGCCAAAGGUGUUUCUCUCUCGCGUUCUCAAGCUGCUGACAGUACGCCUCUCAGGGGGAACGGCCCUUCGCAGCCUACCGAUCUGAAGCCCAUAAAGAGGAAUGCCACUCUGCCGUUAUAUUCUGUUGGCCAGGUUGCUGCCGGCCCACCACCUCAAGUCACACCAGUAACUCAAGCCGAGGACUGUGACAGCUCAUUGAAAGAUUUAACAUUUCUGUAAUGGUUGGAGGAGCAGGAUGGGCUACAUCUUAAUGAAUAAGGAAACAAGUGUAAGGUUGUUAUAUGUUGUUUUCUGAGAAAGUUGCAAAAAAAGAAUUAGCUUGUUUUCCAGUUUAGAUUCCUCUGUAUAAUCAAAAUUCUUUCUGUGUGAGGAAGCAUUCUAAAAAAGGCACAGAGAUGUAUAAAAUACAUAUAAAAAGAAAUAUCAAAUUCAAAAAUAAAAGUCCUGGUGUUUUUGGUGAUCUGUUCAUGAGUGGUAUCUGUAAGAGAAAGUGGGAUCUUGCAGGUAAAUCUUUUCUAUCUUCUAUCCCUUCCAGCUACCCAACACAUUAUGGCCCCAACUCCACUAGGAAUCUGCAUAAGAAGAAAUAAUGCCAUAUCUCAAUGGGACCAUCCUGGCUAAAUUAAGAUUUUCUUUUUAUCGUUGUUGCUUUACGUUUCAAACUUAAAGUAUUGCUUUAAAACAUUCAUGUUUCUGCUUCUGGAGAAUUAGGAAGACCAGGCAAUGAACGAAACAAACUGAUACAUGACCAAUCGUUGGAUAGCAAAGGUCUAUCUCAUGUAAGAUCUGGAUAUCUGAAUCUUUUCAAACCUUUUAAAAAGAAAUGAUGUGUGACCUAUAUUACAGUACUGCACAAUUCAACUGAAAGACUAAUCUGUUUGUUGGAAAAAUGUUUUUGAUAUAAACUAAAAAAAGAGGCUGUCAAGAGAGUGACCAAAACACUUGGGCAGGGGCAUACAUUUCUGGUAAGUACUGCUUCUACAUGUAAGAAUAAUCUCCUGUAUUAUUAGGAUGUCAGGAUAAGAAAUAGGGUUGAAAAUUAUUUUUUUUUUCUUCUGAAAGAAAUAUCCAGGCUUGCUUGUUUCCUUGUUUAAUGCUCCGAUGAAAGAGAGAUGCGAUAUGUGGUGGUGGCAGCAUCAUGGUCUUAGGUUGCUUUUCUUCAGAGGGAACGUUUUUUUUAUGUCAGAUUUAUAUGCCGUUAAUAAACAAAGCCCUCUCAGU